AUGCCAACUGGCCGGAAAGGCUGUGCCAGCGGCAGCUUUAUGUUUCAGCAGGGAGACUUCAAUGCAGAGUCCGCGAGAAGGAAAGUUAUAUCGGCGAGUACGGAAUUGGAACCAGAAAUGGCCGUGGACGGCUAUAUAAGAAACCACAUAGAUUAUAUACUGUCAAGCUCAAAACGUAUCAUAUCGGACGUUACAUUCAUUGAAGAGAAAAGCAUUGACUCCGGCCACCGCCUUGCACGUAUAAUAAUCAAGGUAAACUUCUCUCAUGAGAAAGCCGUGUUGAAGAAGAGAACUCAGCAAGGAGAAAUUGUUAACAUGGCAUCAUUAGCCAGGAAACUAGAAGCUCAGGAUUGGUCCAUGACAGCAACGACGUGGACCACGAUUACGCAGAUGUCAUUGGAAAAAUCAGUGAAGCAGCCAAGGACGAAUGCGAUACGGCUUCGUCAAGAAGAUCGACGAGAUUACACAAUCGCACCAAAAAAUUGA